AUGGCACAAAUUAACAAAGAUUUAGAUAUAGUUGUAUUUGGAGCAACAGGUUUCACUGGUCGAUUUGUUGUUGAGGAAAUAUGUCGUACAGCAAGUGACAUGAAUAAGUUGAGGUGGGGAAUUGCAGGACGUUCAGAACAAAGACUUCAAGAGGUAUCCAAUAUUAUAGGUGUUGCUAGUGGAAAUAGUGUUCGGCAACCAGAAAUUAUUAUAGCAGAUGUUGAAAGACCGGAAAGUUUAAAUAAGAUGGCAAAAAGAGCUAAAGUUGUAAUUGCAUGUGUUGGUCCAUUUUUUCUUUAUGGUGAAUCGGUGGUUAAAGCUUGUAUUGAGAAUGAAGCUAAUUAUGUUGAUAUCGCAGGCAAUAAUCAAUUUAUUAUUUUAGUCCCAGCUGAUUUGGGUAUAUUAUUUACAAAACGUCUAUUAGAAUCACAAGGAGCAAUUCCUUCUCAAAUUGAAAUGUUUACAAGCGUUCACUGUGGUAAAGCUGGUUUAGGAGUUAAUUUUGUGCAUGGUAUUAAUAAUGUUGAGAGAUUACGUGAAUUAAGAAAAAAUGCCAAUCGGCCUAAAGUUCCUAGAAUUGGACCACCAUUAGAAAUCAUUCGAUCACAUAAAUGGGAUGAUCAAGUAAAGGGAUAUAUUUAUCCAUCAUUUCUUACCGAUCCAAGUAUAAUUAGGUUGAGUCAAAGCUUAGAUAUUGAAUGUCAAACAGGUGUGCCACCAGUUCAACUUGCCGCGUAUCUUGUGUUUCCUAGUUUUAAAAAUUUGGCAAAGAUGGUGUUUGCAGGAGCUUUAUUCAAAUUUCUUGUUAAAUUUUCUUGGGGAAAAUCACUAUUACUAAAAUAUCCUAAAGUAUUUACUUUUGGCACUUUUUCACACAAUGGACCUACGCUUGAACAAAUCCAACAAACAAGUUUUACUCACAAAUUGUUACCACCACCAUCAGAGUUAGAGAUUGUUACUGAAGUUACAGGACCAGAACCUGGAUAUGUAACCACACCGAUAUGUGUAGUUCAAUGUGCUUAUACCAUACUAAAAGAAGGUGGCAAUGUCCCAAAAGGUGUUUUAACUCCUUCUUUAGCAUUUGGUAAAACUUCCUUGAUUCAAAAUUUAAUGGAAUAUGGAAUUAAUUUUCGAGAAGUUGAUAAAUCUUAA